GUUGGAUUUCCGGAGAUGGUCGUCGCUGCAGAACCACAAGUCCAGGGGGCGGCGCUAGAUCUGAUCCGACACCACCCCCAGCCGCAUUUACCUUCCAGAUUCAAGCAAACAAGCACGGACGUGAAGAUGCAUAUCACGGUUUUGAUAAAAGGACAGACUCCUUCAUUUGAACGGUGCACUACGUGUUGCAGUAAAUACCACUGUCCGUUCUGCACUCCUGACGUGUACCGUCCUAACGAAUUAUAUCAUUUACAAAACCAUGUGUCCAAUCACCUAAGACUGGCAGUGAUUCAUGAAGGAUUUACUAUCGUCAAGUGCAAUUUGAAAUGCAGAGACCAAGCACAUUUUCAUUGCUGUUUCUGCUUGGCAACAGUCAUAAGAAAAGUUCAGAUAAUUCAACAUAUAAAAACAUGCAGAGGGCAAUUUGCAAAAGUGCCAGUACCUGCAGCCUGUACAUCUUUCACCUCUUUCACCUCUGUUAAUGAUCUACCUUCAGCUGCAGUUCCAGCAUGUGCUAUAGAGAGAGUCUCAGCUUCAGAUCCAACCUCCAUCACCAAGCCAGCGUGUGAGAAUAAGAGAGCCUCAUUCGCUGAUCCAACCUCCAUUACUGAGCCAUCAUGUGCUAUUGAGAGAGCCUCAUCUGCAGAUCCAGCCUCCAUUACAGAUCCAUCCUCCUUUACAGAUCCAGCCUCCUUUACAGAUCCAGCCUCCUUUACAGAUCCAGCCUCCUUUACAGAUCCAGCCUCCUUCACAGAUCCAGCCUCCUUCACAGAUCCAGCCUCCUUCACAGAUCCAGCCUCCUUCACAGAUCCAGCCUCCUUCACAGAUCCAGCCUCUGACAGUGAGGGAGCCUCAGCUGCAGAUUCGGUCUCCUUCACAGAUCCAGCCUAUGACAGUGAGGAAGCCUCAGCUGCAGAUCCAACCUCAAUCACCGGUCCAGCCUCUGUACAGAUAUGUUUUGUCCCAGAAACACCUUCAGCAGCAAGGCGUCUUCAUGUACAAACAAAAGUUCAAUGCUCUCACUGUGGACUUAGACUUUACAAGAGAAAUUUGAAUGUCCACAUCAACCGAAGGCACACACUGAAGAUCACACAAAUCACGGAUACCCACCACCUGUCAUCCCAAUGCAUUGAUCCACUCAACGGGAUAUUUGCUGUGGAAAAAUCAUUUCACAAUCCAGGCUGCCCCAUCCAUGUACAGAAGAAAAUAGCAGGUGCAAGUUCAAAAGUCGUCUGUGAAAUGGAUGAAUGCAACACCAACAUAGAACUGGUUGCACAGGCUGGAUUUUUUCAGUUUGAGUGCAUCCAUUCAAAGUCACUGCAGUUCUACACAGCUUCAGUUAAUCUAGAAGAAAACGUCUUGACUGAUAUGGUUCAUGGGAAAAUCUUCGGAGAGCAAACCAAGACAUCCUGCAUCAACAGAAAAAAAGCUGCCAGUGCUGCUGGUGUGCCUUUUACAGCUGAAGUAACUGUAGGAAGCCCAUCAACAACUAAAUACAUUUCUGUGUUUGAGCCCAAGCUGUCAAACUACAGCAGACUUGGGAGAGUUAUGGCUGCCUAUGACGUGAGCCAAAACACUUGGCAUUGCCCUUGUGUAAAAGCAAGCAAAUCAUGUAUACACAAAAGUAUUGCAAUGUGGCACCUGUUCCAGACUGACAGGCAACUGUUUGAGUCUUUAAAGAUCACAAAGGGACUCACAAAUGAAGUGUCUCUGCAGCACACAAUUGAAUAAGCAGCACCACUUGAUGAACCAUGAAGGUCUGAAGCGGAUGGUCGGUUACUUGUUUAAAAAAAACAACACAAUACCACCUCUUCUGCCCCAGAAAUUGACUAAUGGAUCUAAGACAGUUAAAGACAUUUAAUGUGGCUUUAGGUGAACCAAAGUUGAUUACAGUCAAAGCAAAGUUUGUCAAAUAUACUGGCAUUGUUGAAGGAAAGUUUGCAUCAAAAGUCAUUAAAGAUGUUUCUGAAAAUGAUCCAAGAUCAGUUUUUUUCAUUAUAUUCCAUUUUGUAUUAUAAAUGAUCAGAUUUUUACAUACUGAAAAAUGCAUAAUGCAUCAAUUGUGGACUAAUUAUUAGGUAUCAGGAGUGGAUUAAUAGCAGGGUUGCCAAGUCCAACAAAAAUAUCCAGCCAAAUAUCAGUCUAACUGAUAGCCCAAUAAGCUAGCCCAAUAUGUGUCUCACACACGUUUAAAGCAAAUGGCAAAACAACUAUGUAUAUUAUACUAGUAUGUAUAAUAGUAUAUUGUUUAUAAAGGAUUUAUUAUCAGUAUUGCAAUUUAUCUUUAACUCAUUCUUUGAAGAUAAUAAAUAUGGAUUUAUUCUCUUUUUUCAACUUAAUUUCAAACGCCCUUGUAUUUGUUUGUUUAGUUCCACCCAUUCACAUUUAAAACAUUUUAGUUAUUGCAGUUAAUUAACCUGGACUUAAUUAAUUUGUUUUUUUGUGGUCUGCAAAAACAAAACAAAAUACAUUACAGUAUGUAAAAAAAAAAAAGUCAAGCAUCACAAAUGCAAUACAGUAAAAUUAUAAAUAAUCUGUGUCUCUCCUGGUCAUCUUCCUGGUGGGAAGAAGCGUUGUGAAUGCCUGAGCCAUUCUCUACACUAAUCACCUGUUAGAUCAUCAUAGGACUAGCAUCAAAGUACUAGCACCAGGCCAAGCUGUAUCUAUACAGCAAUGCCAGCAUUCAAAAUCAUAGACAACACCUGUCAGAUAAUAAACAUGGAUUGGUCACCUGUAAUGUGGGACACUCCUCCUCGCCAAAACCUGCUUUCACCUGUUACCUACUCACCUGACCGUCAUGAAUUUAUGAAAUGUUCCAAAAUAUGUGUACUGUAUUGUAUUACAACUUCUUAACUCAUUUUGACAAUUGAGCAGACUAUUCUGCAGAUAAUGACUUAUACAAUGAAAUUGUGCUGACAUGUUUUGGAGAGAACAACCAUCACACUGAGAACCAACCAAUUGGGAUAGAUCAACAAGAUGCAUUCUUUUGGAAAAUGUACUAAAUGUAGGAUGAUUGUGUUAAGUGUAGGCUACUUGUACAUAACCAUUUGCAAAGAUGAGCUAAGUGCUUGUGACAUGUACAAAGCAUUUGAAAUGUGAUGAAAGCAAUGAGAAAUGCCAUUCUGUUGUGAGGAACCACAAGUUAGUUUGGGGAUUUGUCCAUGUUACUUUGAGUGUCAUCUCAGUUUCAAGAAAUGAGCCAAACCAAUUGAGAAAAACUGUAAUAGGUUGGACCUGUGCAUGGUACUGUCAAGCUAUCAUAGAGGAAAUGCCUAUUAAAAACAUGAAAUCCCCAUUGCACUACUAUAUAAAAUGUGCAUGGAUACCAUUGCAUACAACAGAUUAACUUGAACCUGAGCAUGACUUUCUGGAGUAAUAGUUUAUUAGCCGUGUUUUUUACUUUUGACAUUUUAAGGUCACAUUAUAUUCUGCCAUGUUUCAAUGAAAAAUGCAAAAAAAAUCAAUAACUUAGUUUUGAACUCAGUUAGUGUUAGACUGUAACUGUUUCUCUUUAAAUUGUAAUAUAGCUACCUGCCUACAAUUCACUUCCACAUACCCAGUGGGCAAUUGCGAGUAGAGGUGUAGGAUAAAACUGGUGGACUGUGUGCUUACGCUGCAGUAGCUAUGCCAUACAACAAUUUUAAAGGUGUUUCCGCCUUUCAAGAGGGGCAACAUGUUAACAUAUGAUACUUAAUUACUGUGGACCAAUUUGAUUCAUGUUUUUGUUGGUGUGCAGGUGGGUAAAGAUUAAAUUUUCAAUGAAAUUUCUUAAGCUAUGUCUUAGUAUUUUCUGUUGUUUUUGCAGAGCAGUAACUUUAAUAUAUUACUUGCACUGUUUAACUUGUUUACAUGAUGUGACACUCGUUUCAACAACAACCUGGUCUUACUUUACACUGAACUUGGCCAUUUAUAUACUGCCCAAUUAUAUCAGUUUACUGUUAGUUUUAGUAACAGCUGUACCUCUACUACACAUGCAGAUACUUGUAUUUAUAGUAUGUGGUCUGUUGUAUCCAUUACAUGCACAAUCUGUCUUAAUGUCUUGACACUAAUAUCCCUUACUCUUUAUCCAUUACUGCACCGAGAUCAUUAACAAUGUUUUAUUGUGGAACACUGUAAACAGUAUAAAGUCAAUAUUUGUUUGUUUGUGUUAAAUGUACUCCUUUUCUUAAGAGAUUUUGAGAAAGAGAUGAUUUUGUUUUUUAGAUGUUUCAUUAUUUUUGAUCGCAGAACAGUAGAUUACAAUGUUGAUUAAUAUUGUAGCAUCACAGGGAGGGUGGAUGAAACAAUGCAAAACCAUAGUUCAAUUUUGGCAACUUUAUUUUAGCAGGGAGAAACAGAAAUAAAUUGCAAACAAGCUAUUCUUUUAAAAUGGCAAACCACUGGUAUGACCCUUAUUCUCCCCCCACACUAACACCAGAAGGCUGAAUAAUACUGCAUCAGGGGAACCACACAAUUAAACUAAAUAAACACAAAAUAACAUUAAACACAAACUCCCCAAAGAAUAAAAAAAAA